GUCUGGCAAGCACCAUUAAAGGAAAACUCUAGUGAAAAUGUAUAAAUUUUUUUGUCCCUUAUGCAUAGGAUGCCAGAGGUGCCAGGAAGGAUUCCGGGCCCUACCCGUUACAUAACACAGGAUGUGACGGUAAGAUCGGCAGAAACAGGGGAGUGGCGGAAGAUAUUUUGAGGGACUAAGGGAGACUAAUAUGGCUAAUAGGAGAACUCCAGACAGAGGGGAAGAAAAGGUCACGAACAGAUAACGAGUAGGAGCCUGGAAUCAACAAUAAGUGGACUUCAUUCCACUUUUCAGAGGAAAAAGAGCUUCUAUGGGGAUAUUCACACAGGAAAGAUCCUUGUUGGUUUCCUGGGGCUAAGAGCUGACGUUCUGCAUCUUUCCGACCCAGGUCUUUGAAGAACCAGCUAAAAAAAACAUGUCUGCUGUAUUUUGAACUGCGAAAUUCGGGAACGUAAUAGCAUUAGCUGUCGUGCUAGAAGAUGGUCUGAAGCCUGCAUCUCCUGCUGUAUAAAACAAUGUUCAAAACAUUGGCAUGUUGAAGAGCAAAGACAGCAGCAAAGACGGAGAUGGAAGAUCGAGCUCAGGAACUGUCACUUUGAAGUGUAAGGAUUUACGGGUUAUUCAGCUGGAAAUACCUGAUAUGGAAGAAACAUUUAAUGUUGCCCGCUCUGUCCAGGCCCUCUCCUCACUGGAGAACAUUUCUCUUCGCUACCCAUUUUUCUACAGACCAGCAGGGUGCAAGUUAGGAAAAGGAUGGCCACGACAUACCAUGGAAAAUUUUUAUCAUAAUCUUAAAGCUGAGACAGAUGCUUGGAGGCUAAGUGAUGUGAAUAAUAACUUUAAGGUUUGCCCCAGUUAUCCAGAGAAGGUUAUCGUACCUGUAUCAUGUUCUGAUACCACUCUGAAGAGAGCUGCAGCUUUCAGGCAAGGCCGCAGAUUCCCUGUAUUGAGUUACUACCAUCCAAGGAACAAAAUGGUCUUGUUACGAUCCUCUCAGCCUCUGGUUGGUCCUAACCACCACUGUUGUGAAGAUGAUGAGAUGUUGCUUGAUGCUGCACUGAUGGGACAAUGGCGUGGAUUUAUAAUUGAUACCCGCACCGAACAGGAAGCUAAGCAAGCAAGAAGUGCAGGGGGUGGCACAGAAAACAAGAACAGGUAUCCUAAAUGGAGUGUGUUCCAUCGUCCAUUAGAGAGAGGACAGGCCCUACAAAGCAGCCUGACACGCGUGGUUGGUGCCUGCUAUGAGACCUAUCUGGGAAGAAAUCAUUGGCUCAGCAAAUUACAAGCUUCACAAUGGCUGUCUCAUAUCAAAGAAGCUCUGAGUACAGCAGGACUAGCUGCUGAAUGCAUUGAGAGGGAAGGUACUUGUGUACUUGUACACGGGGAAGAAGGGACUAACAAUACAUUGCUAGUGACAUCCUUGGCACAACUUAUUUUGUCCCCUGAUUGCCGGACAGUGGUUGGCUUCCAGGACCUUAUUGAACGUGAAUGGCUACAGGCUGGUCAUCCUUUUCAAGUACGCUGUGCUCGAUCGGGCUGGGCGCACGGUCGUUUUCAACAAGAAUCACCUAACUUUCUCCUUUUCUUGGACUGUUGCUGGCAGCUUACACGACAGUUUCCUAUGGCAAUGGAGUUUAAUGAGAAAUUUUUAUGUACACUUGCAACUCACGCCUACAGCUCAGAGUAUGGCACCUUCUUAUGCAACAGUGAAAAGGAAAGGUAUGUUUACAAGAUACGAGAAAAUACUCAUUCUCUUUGGGGUGCUCUCAAUAACUUCCAGCAGAGAAAAUAUCUUGUAAAUCCAGUUUAUGAAAGAAACGCAUUAGCCAUUUGGCCAUCAGUGGCACCACAAAGUAUAGAACUAUGGGAAGGAUUUUUUCUGAGAUACUUUGUGCCCACUAAACAUAAAGAGAUGUCCUGGCAGCGAACAUGGGAACUUUCUGGGUCCUACCACAGACCUGGGUAUAAAUAGAUCAUGGAAGAAAUCUCUGUACUGCCCCUGAUAUAUUUAUAAUGUACAGAUACAGUUAUUAGGUUGCCCUUUUUUUUCUAAAUUAAACUAAUUCUGAUUAUCUUUCUGGGUACUGUAGGCCUCUUAUUCCCCUUAUUACUCUAGUUGACAGUCUUUGAACCCUUUUCCAGGGCCACUUUACGUUUCUUGUACACUGGUUCCCAGUACUGUAUACAUUAUUCCAUGUGUGGUCUGACUAGUGAUCCUGUUAUUUCCGUGGGUAUCUAUGCCCCUUUUGAUUCACCCUAUGAUUUUAUUUGCCAUGGCAGAAGCUACCUGACACUGGUCGCUACAGGUAAAGGGGUACUCUGGUGGAAUUUUUUUUUUUUAUAAACUGGUACCAGAUUUGUAAAUUACUUCUAUUAAAAAAAUCUUACUCCUUCCAGUACUUAUACAGAGGAAGUUCAUUUCUUUUUGAAUUUCUUUCCUUCUGUCUACGGUGCUCUCUGCUGACAUGUCUGUCCAUGUCAGGAACUGUCCAGAGCAGGAGAUGUUUGCUAUGGAGAAUUGUUCCUGCUCUGGACAGUUCUUGACAUGUACAGAGGUGUCAGCAGAGAGCACUGUGGUCAGACUGAAAAGAAAUUCAAAAAGAAAUUAACGUCCAAAUAAAUAAAAAAAACACUUUUCCACCGGAGUACCCCUUAAAAUGUACUGUCAACUAAGACUCCAAAGUCCUUUUCCAUGUCAGUUGUCCCCAAUGUUUUCCUAUUUAGUAUAUAUUCCCAGCCUGGAGUUUUCCUCUCCUUGUGCAUAACCUUACAUUUAUCAGUGUACACUGUCCUCUUUAACCAUAAACAUUUUUU